CUUUACACCAUGUAUAUAAAUAUAUAUUAAGCUUGUUCAGAAUGUAUGAUAAUGAAGUCCAUUUCUCUGUAAGAGAAACACACUCCUUCAAUUUCUUGUUUCUCACCCCCUCCAAAAAUACUUACAGUUUUUGUCCUUUUUCAUUCUUAAUUUUCUCUAAAGUGGAAAUUGACACAUUUGAUUUUUUUUUUUCUCCCCUGUUUUCAGAAAGCUUUUCUUCGAUAAGAAUAUAGUGAUCUCCUCUAGUACCUGAUAUAUCAGGAUCCAAUUGGUCAUGCUUUUCGCAAAUUCCAGCAUAUCCUAUAACCUCUUAAAAUUUCUCACUCUCCUUUGAUCUUUUUUUUCUUUGGAGCUUCCAUCUUUUUGAUCUUUGGAUAACUCGAAUCCAUACUAAUUGAAUGUCAAAGCGAAUAAGAGAGAGUGUUAACAAAGGGAAUAAACACCCAAUUUAUAGAGGAGUUCGUAUGCGAAGUUGGGGAAAAUGGGUGUCUGAAAUCCGCGAACCGCGUAAAAAGUCACGCAUUUGGCUGGGCACAUAUCCAACUCCAGAAAUGGCUGCCAGAGCACACGACGUGGCCGCAUUGAGUAUAAAAAAGGACUCAUCGAUUUUAAAUUUCCCUCAUCUCAUUAACUCAUUGCCUCGCCCAAUUUCACUCUCACCAACAGAUGUACAAGCUGCUGCAGCUAAAGCAGCUGCAAUGGAGGAUCCAAAUUCUGUCUCUUCUUCAUCUUCUGUUAAUUCAAUUGAGAAAAUAACGUCGGCAUCGGAUGAGCUGGGUGAAAUUAUAGAGCUUCCUAGCUUGGACGGAAGUUUUGACUCGGACGAGUUGAAGUUGAGCGACUCAGUUGACGGGUGGCUGUACCCACCGUGGUGGGCAUCCGAUGGCGACUUUGAUGGGUAUUUUUUGGAGCAACAUGCCAUUGGAGACAGUUUAAUUCUUAGCAGCUUUGAAAUGAUGAAAUAACAAAAAUUGGUGUGAUUUUUUUAAAAUAUUUUUUUAGACAUUUCUGAAUUUCAUCAACUAGUCAUGUGUGUUUAUGUAUAUACAAAAAAAUUGCCUUUUCUAC